AUGGCCGCCCCAUGGAAUCUCUCUCCCGGCCGGUCCAUUGAUUUGGAACUUGGUGGGCAAGAAGUCGUAACGGUCGAGCUGGACGAGUUAGACCCCAAUGCGGACGACAUUAUCGAAGUGCUCAAGGAGGGUCAGGCUAAGGUCGCGUAUUGGACAAGACUGGCAGGGGAGUACUUGCAGAAUGGGAACGUAGACGCGGCAGAGAGGAUAUGCACGAGUGCUGUUGAUACGUUCUCACAGAACCAGGCUUCAGCCGCGCUACCUGCGGUGUACGCUCUGCUCGCAAACAUCAAGCUUGCGCGCGCGAGAAAGGCACCCAAGAUGAAACUCGCCAAUGCUCGGAUGGACGUCUUGACGCGUGAACCUACGCGGGACGACAUGAUGCUGGAAGCGACUAAGUUCAUCAAUGAGUGCGAGAAGGUGCUGUCAGAGGAAGGUGGCGCGGAGCAGUCAACAAAGGAAUUGCUGGUACUUACUCGAGCCAUCCACCAACUUGCGGGGAGGUCAUUGGACGACGCGCUACGUUCCUUUGAGUCGAUCCUCAAGCACAAGCCCACUAACGUCAUUGCCCUCCUCGGCAAGGCUAGGAUACUGUACACGAAACGGCAAUUCCCGGCAGCGUUGAAGGUCUUCCAGACCGUACUGUCACUCAACCCUCAAUGUCGACCGGAUCCGCGCAUCGGGAUAGGCCUCUGCUUUUGGUCAAUGAACCAACACGAUCGUGCUAAGGCGGCCUGGCAGCGCUCGCUUGAGGUGAACCCGGAUGAAUGGGCCGCUUCCCUGUUAUUGGGCCUCGACGCGCUUAACCAAAGCAAAGACACGACACUUCCCGAAGUCGAACGUAGCAAUGCUAUUGUUCGCGGCUCGAAGAUGAUCGAGACGGCGUUCAAGCACAAUAAGUUCAACGCUGCGGCUGCCAACGCGCUCAGCGACAUCUUCUUGCGAAAAAGGCAAUACAAGAAUGCACUGAAGCUCGCAGAACGAACCGUGCAGUUCGCCGAUACUCUCAGUCUAUUGACUGACGGUCAUGUCCGUGCUGGACGCGUUUCUCACGCGGACGGCUCAUAUGACGCUGCAACGACACACUAUACCAAAGCCGCAGAAGGCCAGCCUAAGAAUGUGCUCGCCAACAUCGGUCUUGCGCAGAUGCGUCUCCACAACGACGAAUACAGUGCAGCUAUUCGCACCCUGGACUCCCUCCUUUCACCUCCCAACGCCCCGAGGUCUCUUGAAUCAACCGCAAUGCUCGCCUCCCUUCGCUCGUUCGCCCGGCCCGGCAUAUCUGGCUCCGAACUUGCAGCCGAACGCUCAAAAGCUCGCGAUAUGUUCGAGCGUGUCACCUCCGCAUUGGACACACACGAAGCGCGUCCCGCAUCACAGCGCGGUGCUGCGCCCAUAUCACGCGCUGUGGCCGAGGAUGGCGAGAUGUAUAUCGAGAUCGCAAGGUUGUGGAGGAGCGAGAAUAUCGAUAAGACCGGACGAAUGUUGCGGGCUGCGCUCACCCUGCGUGGACGCGAACCAAGGCUACUCAACGCGCUCGCCGUUCUCACGCACCUGGAAAGGCGACCGGACGAGGCGCGCGCUAUGUACGAGGAGGCGCUUACAGCCGCAUCAUCCGUAGCGGAUCCCACGAGCCCAACAUCCGACGCCACCGCGACCACAAUCCUGUACAACCUCGCGCGAGCAUACGAAGAUCUUGGCCAGACGAACCAGGCGAGUGAUGCCUACGCCAAGAUUCUCGCCCGCCAUCCCGAGUACACGGACGCGAAAGUACGCGAAGCGUCUAUCGCACUCGAGGCAGGUCAGCGCGACCGUGCACACGAGUUGCUCAAAGAGGCGCUCGCGGCACGUGGUGGGGACCUCAACUUGCGCGCGCAGUAUACGCAUUUCCUUCUCGGUGCUGGUGGGAACAACGCGGCGAUGAUGAAACCGGCGCACACAUUCGUUCAUGCGACGCUCAAGGAUCACGACAAACAUGAUCUGUAUGCUUUGUGCGCAGCAGGGUGGCUGUUCUACCAGCAGGCGCGAGAGAGCAAGGAUACGAGUUCGCGCGGUGCGGAGGAGAGGAAGGCAGGGUUCAGACGCGCAGCGGAGUUUUACGCGAAAGCGCUCGCACUUGAUCCGUUGUGCGCUGUUGCAGCGCAGGGGCUCGCCAUCGUAAGCGCCGAAGAUGCGCUUGGGACACUUGGGGGCGUGCUGCCGCCCGGACCGCAGCCGGAUGAUGCGACGAGGAGAGAUGCAGGGAUUAGGGAAGCGUUGGACGUGUUCGCGAAGGUUAGGGAGGCGCUGCCGGAUGGAAGCGUGUAUGUCAACAUGGGCCAUUGUUAUUAUGGGAGGGACCAGAUGGACCGAGCCGUCGAGAGCUACGAGACCGCGAGCAAGCGGUAUUACGACGGCAAGAACGUUGGUGUAUUGAUGUGCCUCUGCCGCUCCUGGUACUCCAAAGCGACAAAAGACCAAUCCUUCGCAUCAAUGAACACCGCCCUAUCGUACGGCGAACAAGCGCUCGCUCUCACACCGGGCGACAAGGUGAUCCUUUACAACAUCGCCAUGGUGCAGCAGAAGGCUGCGGAGAUGUUAUUCAGCCUACCUCCCGCGAAAAGGACAUUGCAGGAGUUGGAGGACGCGAUUGAGAAGGCUGGCAAGGCGCAGGUGUUGUUUGGAACGCUCGCGGAGGACGAGGGCCAGGUGCCAUAUUCAAAGGAUGUCGCGGAUCAGAGGCGGAAGUACGGCGAGUCUAUGCUUCGGCGUGCGGACGAGCAUCUGCGUGCGCAGAGGGAGCACGAGGGCAAGGUUCAAGCGCGUAUGGACGAGGCCCGCGCACGGCGCGAAGAAGAGAAGGCUCGUAUCGAGGAGGAUGAACGAAAGCGCGCUGCGGAGAUCGCACGCCAGGCUGAGGAGUUACGUAAGCUGCGUGCGGAGGCACGACAGGCGGCACAGGAGAUGAAUGACAGGUGGAGAGAGGCGGACGAGGAUGAGACGAGAGUCAAGGCGGAGAAGGCCGAACGGAGAAAGCAGAGGUCUACGAAGGAGGACAAGGCGUUCCUCAGUGACGGAGAAGAGGAUGGCGCGACAACGCCGAGGGAGCCAAAGAAGAAGCGGGCGAGGAAAUUGAAGAAGGGCAAUGGGAAGGAUGGUGUCAAGGAGGAAGAGGAUGGAGAAGACGAGGCUGCGUUUUCUGGUGGGGAGGAGGGGCCUGCUAAAAAGAAACCAAAGAAACGCGCCGUCGUUGCAGGCUCGGACGAUGAGGAGAAGCCUGCAACUCAAGCCAUCCCGAGAGGGUUCAAAAAGCAAUUUAAGAGUGCAGAGGUCGUCGACUCGGAUGACGAUAUGGACUGA